CUCCUUCAUCUGGGAUCGCAAAGGAGGGGGAUCGUGUCACCAAGCUGGCAUUCAGCCCUUCUCAGCCAUUGGGACAUCCAAGAGGGGUGUCAUCCUGAGCCAUCCAAUGCUGCCCAAAAGGAGUGGGUGGCAAAGGAUGGCAGGAUUAAUGUGAUUCUAGCAAGCUGCAAGGGCUAUGCAGAGAGAUGCCUGCUUGCAAUGCCUUUUCAUCCUCUCUCUGCAACAGGAGGUCUGCAGCCUUCCACCUUCAGGGAAAUAGCCCAUUUCUCCAAGGAAGAAUGCAGAGAUAGAAGCACUAUUCUGUUUUGAAGUGACGCCUAAAUUUUGGUCCUGAAGAAAAGUGGUGUGGCACUGAGGUUUUUACAAUUUCAGCACUUUUGCUUUGCAUCUCAAGAUCAAACAUGGGAAAGAGCCAUCCAAAAAAGUAACUAUUGUUCUGGUCUUCUCUUGUUCUGCUUCUGAAUACAUUUUUUUUUCAAAGCUCAGUAUGGAAAGGACAUCAAGAAAAUGGGAGCAAAGGAUACGUCAAUAUCUUUUAUACUCCAUUUUUCCAGUCACAGAAGGGUAAAUAAAUACUGUAUUUCAGAUGACGACAGAUUUUCUAUGAUCCCAAAUGUUUUUCUUAAUAACAGAGAGGCUUCAGAGGCUUGAUGGUUAUUCUUUUCUUAAAAAAGAAAUAAAUGUACAUGUAAAUGCAUAUACAAACACACCUCAGAAAUUAGGAACCAGAUUUGGUCUCAUUAUUUAAUAUCAUUAUCAUCAAAGAUCUAGCAAGAUAUGAAGGAUAUCAAAGAGAGUGUCCCAAUGAGAGUUUAAAAAAAUGCACUGCUAUUGUUUAUUUGAUCAAAAUUACAUUUAUAGUGAAUCGGAGCAGAUGUUAAGGAAGAAAAGUAGUUUUUAAAAAUAUGCCUCCCAAUCAAAGGUUUCAUUUCUGGUUCGGUCUACAUAAAGCCAGAAUCUUAUUUCCAGUUAGUGUUUAUCAACAAUGUGGAAAUAAAGUUCUUCGCGACUACCAAAUAUUUGCUCUGGGCUCUUUCAAAGAAAGAGCAGAGUAAAUCACAGAUACGUUGGAUGAACAUUAACCAGCUUUGAUAAUGAGCUUGAAUGUUGAGAACAUCUCUACUGCCAACUGUUUCAACUGCACCCAGACUGUGGGGGAAGUCAAUAUUUUAAAGGCCAUAUUACUAGGAGUGAUCUUUGGGGGUCUGAUCAUCUUUGGGGUCCUGGGCAACAUUCUGGUGAUCCUUUCCGUUGCCUGCCACAAACACUUGCAAAGUGUAACCCAUUACUAUAUCAUCAAUUUGGCUGUGGCUGACCUUCUCUUGACAUCUACUGUUCUCCCCUUUUCUGCUAUUUUUGAGAUAUUUGGAUACUGGAUUUUUGGGAGGAUCUUCUGCAACAUCUGGGCAGCGGUGGAUGUUCUUUGCUGCACAGCUUCCAUCAUGAGCCUUUGUGUCAUCUCUAUAGACCGAUACAUAGGAGUGAGUUACCCGCUAAGGUAUCCAUCCAUAGUGACUGAGAAGAGGGGUCUCCUAGCUUUGCUGUGUGUCUGGUUGCUGUCUCUUGUGAUAUCUGUAGGGCCCCUCUUUGGCUGGAAACAACCAGCUCCGGAAGAUGAAAAAAUCUGUCAAAUCAACACCGAUCCUGGUUACGUACUGUUCUCUGCCCUUGGAUCUUUCUACCUCCCCUUGAUCAUUAUACUGGUGAUGUACUGUCGGGUGUAUGUAGUGGCCAAAAGGGAAAGCAAAGGACUUUCUUGUGGCCUGAAGACAGAGAAGUCCCAUUCAGAAGAGGUCACCCUCCGUAUCCACUGCAAAAAUGCCACCGAAUCCACUGGAUCUACCCCGAACACCAAGCACAAAUCCAAUUUCUCCGUGAGGCUGCUGAAGUUUUCCAGGGAAAAGAAAGCAGCUAAAAGCUUGGGAAUAGUUGUGGGAUGCUUCAUCCUGUGCUGGCUUCCUUUCUUUUUAAUCAUGCCCAUAGGUUCUUUCUUUCCUAAUAGCAAGCCCUCGGACACCGUUUUUAAAAUUGCAUUUUGGCUUGGCUAUCUAAACAGCUGCAUCAACCCCAUCAUCUACCCGUGUUCAAGUCAAGAGUUUAAAAAGGCAUUCCAAAAUGUUCUCAGAGGCCAGUGUCUCCCACGGAAGUACUCAGCCAACAAAUACUCGCCUGGCUUAAACGUCCAUCAUUCAGGCAACCACACUGCGGAAGCUCCAAAAGACAUUGUCUGCAUUCCUGUCAGCUCUGGAAAGAACUUCUAUAAGAUUUCCAAAUCAGAUGGUAUCUGCGAGUGGAAGUUGUUUUCGGCAAUGCAAAGCAUGUCGACCAAGAGCCCAAGCUCUAAAGACAAGUCCAGCUGUUCUACAGCCAAAGUGAAGAGCAAAGGCUUCCUGAGAGUAUGCUGCUGUGCUGCCACACCAGACGACAACCAUUCAAAGGACCAGAAAGUGCCCACCAUUAAAAUACACACCAUUUCCAUCAGCGAUAACGGAGAGGAUGUCUGAAGCCGCGUGUCUUUCCAGUGGAUUUGGCUGAGACUGAUAGGCUACAAGGGAGAGGACAAAGAAGAAAGGCCAAACACAGGAAAAGGCCGAAGAAGUCCAAAGUACAGACUUUGGGUCAAAUCCUGUGGGGGGUAGGAAUUAUUGGGAAGGAUUUCAUCCCAGGUGAUAGAAAUCCCACUGGGAUCGGUGGGAUUUGGAAGUGGGCCCAUUUGAGACUGGGCUCUUUAAAAUGAUGCUGAUAUUAUUUCUUUACUAUUUUAAAGGUUCUGUGAUUCAUUUUUAUUUUAUUUCAGAUUGCUUAGCAAUCUUCAAUGAACGAUUGAGUUUGGGGGGGGAAACAGUGUUGUAAUAUAUCCUGCAACCAAGAAUGUGUGUUCUUGGUUUCAUCCAGUGGCAUCAUUGGGGCAGUCUGGGGAGUGCAGACCACACCGGGUGACACCCCAGAGGAGGGGUCUUUUUCUCCUUCAAGGCAGGAGGGGUGAAUGUGUGCCCUUCCCAGCUGCUCCAUCACCCAGCAAUAGACCCAGCGAUAGAGGAAGAGAAAGGGCAAACUUGCACCCUUUCCAGCUGCUUCUGAGGCAACCACAAGCAUAGUGGAAGGAGCUUUCAACAAGAACAGUCUUCACCAUUUGGAAAUUUCCAUAAAAGAAUGGGCUUUUUCCUAAAUGAUGUUUUAAUGGUAAUGACAUAAAACAUAGAUGUGGCCCCAGUUAAGAAAAAAGCCAAAAUUUCAGAUGCAUAAUUUUCAAGUCCACAGGUGGCAGGCCACCACCGACCACCACUGGCAUCUCUCUGCACCAGGUGUCACCACAGUUAGUGACACCACUGGUUUCAUCAUAGGUAUUUUUAAUUUUAAGACUCUUCCUCUUCUCUUCUCUUCUCUUUCCUUUCUUUCUUUUUUUGCUCCCCCGAUUUUUUUAUUUUUUUCAUCACAGAGGAAAUCUGUAUUUGUAAAGGGUGCAUCUGAGUAGACAGUAUGUAAAGGAGAAACUUUGGGGAAAAUUUGGAAGUGAAAGCCUCUUGACUUAUUUUUUGUUUGUUUGUUUGUUUGUUAAUGGAAUCAUUUUAUGAAAUUAAAUGGAAGCAGCUUGCUACAUCAGGGAGCAUUACCAGCCACCAUCCUCAAUUAUGAACUUGGAAGCCCCCUUUAGAAUGUGGCACUGAUAGUUCAGGAGCUGUUUCUCCAUUUUGUCACCCCAUCCCAUGUGGCCAAGAUGUGAACCCUGUGAUCACAGAGGUCCGAAUCCUAUUGUUAAUACCAGUUGAAGUACAGACUGUUUUAGGGAAUCAUCUCAGUUUAUUCAUUUGCUGGGACUCUACUUUACUGUAGUUGAGAGUAACUGAUAUGAUUCAGGCUGUAUCAAUCAGCUAGGAGUGAUCCGUGUGGCUGUUUCUGUCCAUGUGGUUGGAAUAUUCACAUACACAUAUAUGACAUCAAAGGGAAACAGUUCCCAUAUAUGAAGAGGACCUCACUAUCUUUUCUUCCUUUGCCUCUUUUCUCUUCCAUUUUCUUGUCCCAAAGGUGUGUGAAAUAUCUUUGUGCAUAGAUUUCAAACUGCACCUAUUCUGUGGUCAUUUUUGUCAACUGUCUUAAAAAUGCUGUCUGUCUAGUACAUUCAUUCCUGAAGUGCAAUGUAUAUGGUGGAAAAAUAUUCAACAGCAAAAUCAUUGUGUUUGGAAUAAUAACAAUGCCAUGAAUCUC